AGCAAAGAGCUUUAUCGUGGAGACAGCUGAGUGAGCAGCUCGCUGGGGUGUUACAGGGACCAGCCUCCCAGCAGACCACUCAGCCAUGCCCGUCCUGGGGGCUCUUUGGUGUGGAGGAUCCCCCUUUGACCCUCAGCAUCUCUUCAGCAUCACUGCCCCUGCAACAGGACAGUUCAGAGAGAUCACACACCCCGAAUCUGAGCAUGUGGGAGAAGGGAAAAGUCAUGGGGAGGGGGACCAAAGCAAAGCAGCUCGGUGCUGUCACCGUGCUAUGGGGCUGAGAGGUCCCAGGGCAGAGGGAGAUAUCUGUAGGUGUUUAUUUUUUUCCCUCUUUAAAAUGCAUUUCUCCUAGAAGCAGCAGGGUGAGGGGGAUGCCCCCAAAUGGGGGCUAGCAGGGGGGAUGUCCAGGCGGGAUGGAGCAUCCCUGGUGCCUCUCACCUCCCAGGGGCCAAGAAGAGGGGGUGUAAGCAGUGCUGAGACCCCUCUGGACCCCCCUGCCAGCCCCCAACUUGCAGCCCCGCCUGUGCCUGGCUUUGCACGGGAUGCAGAAGAGGGGAUACAGGAGGGAGCAGGGGAUGGGGGGGGGGGUCCGGUUUGGGCAGCGGGGGCUCUGCACCUCCUCUCCCCCAACCCAGCUGCCGGGGGGGGGGCGUUCUGCUCCUCCCCAUCGGCUCCGUUUGGGGUUGGGGCUGCGAAACCCUGGGGCGGCGGCGGGGCUGGGGAGGAGGGAGCCGAGCGGAGGGGACGGCCCCGGACCGGGGGGGUUUGGGGGGGGGAAGGCAGCUGCAGAGCGGAGCCUCCCGGCGAGGCUGUGCGUGUGCAUGUGUGCGUGUGCAUGUGUGCAGGGAGGCUCCUGCCCUGCCAGGGCACAUCUGGAAGCCGGGGAGCUGCGGGGAGGAGGAGGAGGAGGAGAGCUCCGGAGCUGCGGGGCUGCGCGCAGCCGGGCAGCCAGGGGAAGGAUGCUGUGGUGGUAGGGGAGGGGGAACCGGGAGGGGGGGACACAAGAAGGGGAGGGGGUGAGUGCGUGUCCCCAGCUGCCACACACGGGCACACGGGCACACGGGCACACGCACACACGCACGGCAGCCCGGGAGGGGCAGGCGCCUCCUCCCCGCAGCCUUAAAACCGGUCGAGUCCCGCCGGCGGGGCGCAGCGGAGGCUCCCGGCGAGCUGCAGCCCCCGACGGGGCGAUCCUGCCCCGGGAUGCACCCAAACGGUUCAACCCCCGGAGGCACCCCCGGACCGCAGCCCAGCGCCUUUACCAACACCUCCAAUCGCUCCGACCCGCUGCUCCCCAAAGGGCCCGACGAGGAGGACCUGGACGUCAACACCGACAUCUACUCCAAAGUCAUGGUGACUGUCAUCUACCUGGUGCUCUUCUUGGUGGGCACGGUGGGCAACUCCAUCACGGCGUACACGCUGGUGCGCAAGAAGUCGCUGCAGAACCUGCAGAGCACCGUGCACUACCACCUGGCCAGCCUCGCCUUCUCCGACCUCCUCAUCUUCCUCCUCUGCAUGCCCAUCGAGCUCUACAACUUCAUCUGGGUCCACCACCCCUGGGCUUUCGGGGGGGCCGUCUGCAAGGGUUACUAUUUCCUGCGGGACGCCUGCACUUAUGCCACGGCGCUCAACAUCGCCAGCCUGAGCGUGGAGCGCUACAUGGCCAUCUGCCACCCCUUCAAAGCCAAGAGCAUCAUGUCCCGCAGCCGCACCAAGAAGUUCAUCAGCUGCAUCUGGAUCGCCUCCUUCCUCCUCGCCAUCCCCAUGAUCUUCACCAUGGGGCAGAUCUACGUCAAGGACCACGAUCCGGACUCACUCAUCUGCACCACCAUCCUAGAUGCCCCCACAUUGAAGAUGGUCAUCCAGGUCAACACUUUCAUCUCCUUCGUGUUCCCCAUGGUCGUGAUUUCCGUGCUCAACACCAUCAUUGCCAACCAGCUCCUGGUCAUGUUCAAGCAGGCAGCCCAGGAGAACCAGGUGUGCACCAUCGGUGGGCAGCAGACGAUGCUCAGCAUGUCCAUGGAGCCCGGCCGCGUGCAAGCCCUGAAGCACGGCGUCAGGGUCCUGCGUGCUGUGGUGAUCGCCUUUGUGGUGUGCUGGCUCCCCUACCACAUACGGCGCCUCAUGUUUUGCUACGUCCCCUCCAGCCACUGGACAGAUUUCCUUUACAACUUCUACCACUACUUCUACAUGCUGACCAACGUCCUCUUCUACGUCAGCUCGGCCAUCAACCCCAUCCUGUACAACCUGGUGUCUGCAAACUUCCGACAGAUCUUCCUCUCCACGCUCACGCUCCUGUGCCUGCCGUGGAGGAAGAAGAAAAAACGCCUGGCCUUCACCAGGAAAUCCAACAGCAUCUCCAGCAACCACACGUUUUCCAGCCAGGUCACAAGGGAAACAACGUACUGAAGCCAAAGGAGGAAGGGAAAUGCAUUUCAUCGUGGAGUCAUAACUCGAGAGAGGCCUCUGUGACUUUCAGGCAUGGUCUCCAAAUUCACGUAACACAAGCGUGUUUAGCAAAGUCAUUUUUGUCGGGAAAAAUAGGCUUCGUUCUGC